GCUUUUCCCUAUUUUUGUUGUCUUUGUUUUCAAUCAACCCCUUCCUCUCUCUCUCUCUCUCUCUGAUUGCCGAAAACCCAUCAAGGUUUUCUUCCUUCCAGGCUUAUCAAAGAAAAUGUGUCCCAUGAGGUUCCUCUUGGUGUUUUUCUCGGCGAUUUUAGCAGGAUAUUUUGCAUGGCAGACGGCUCGAUCUUCGCCUGAGACGGACAAGAUUUUGGAGGACUCAACGGUUGAAAAGACAUCAAUGAAAGAUAAACAAGAAUUUGAUGUGAAAAAUACGAUUCAAGACGGGUUCUGGGUAUUCGUUGACAUGGCCAGCGGGAGGUACUUAUGGAGGAAUUUGAGGGACAUGAGGAACAACGAGAAAGUAAAGAGCUGCUAGAAUUUGAUCGGGCAAGUAAUUAUGAGUUUUCUUCUGUAAUCAAUCACCACUGUACUAGAGAAAUAUGCAAUUUUCUUUUGUGAGGAAGGAAUUUGGGUUACAAGGAAUGUAUAUGUUUAAACCUCACACAUUUCUGCAAUUAGUGAAGUGUCAAAACUUAUUUAUUUUAUUUUAUUUUUUCAAA